AUGCUUGGUAAAAUAAAAGGUUUAUUUGCGCCUGCACAAAGUGUACAGGUUGAGGCUUCAGAGGAGUUUGGAGAGGAUGAGUUUGGAUUAAAAAAAUCAGUUAGUAAAGACAUCUACAUCUUUUCAGAAAAUUCAACUGGGAGCCGCUUACCACCGGUAAAUGCACAUCUUACUACAAGAGUGAACAUCCUUUCAUUGCAAGUCUAUCGCGGUAAAACAAACCCUUCAAAAUACUUGAAGGAAUGUGAAAAUGUUCAAUUCAUUGAAUUUGCAAUCAAGGUCCGACAUCGAAUAAACCAUCUGGUUCAAAAGUUGGUGCGGUUAGUGAUUGAAGUUGCUGAGGCGUGGAGUAACACACAAAUGUUUAGUAAUGAAGUCAUUGGGUUCAUUAUACAACAAAGCAAUCAGUUUGUUGUUGGUUCGCCAUUUGAAGCAGAAUUGGUUGAGCCAUUUUGUAUAAGUCUUUAUGCUGAUACGAAAAUCAUUGAACAAGUUGAGAAGUUGCACAAGUUUAUUGAUAAGCUGAAGUAUAAGAAAUUCAAAAGAGAUGUCAGCACACGCAUGGCUUCGGUGUUUAACAUGGCCAUCGAUACCGACGAAUUUGCCAAUGAUUUGGUGUCCAAGUUUGUGGCUCUAUGGUUGUUUGCCUUGUUGGAUAUAGAUUAA